UGAGCUCACGACUCACGAUUCACGAGUCGGAGUUCCAGUUUAUUUCGUUAGUUGAGAGUCGUGUUUCAACGUCCUCGAACCGUCCAUUGCAAUUUGUACUUAAAAUGUGGAACAAAUAAAUUCUUAACGACAGAUUUAAAAAAAUGUGCUUAUAGUGUUGUGUAUACAAAAACUAUCGAUAUGGGUUCAAAAAUCGAAUACGUCGAUUCGUCACAUUUAUACGCUACAAACUACGUCCGUAAUUCGAAAGCUAUUGGAGUGCUUUGGGCAAUAUUCACGAUUUGCUACGCGAUUAUAAGCGUUGUUGCUUUUGUGACACCGGAAUGGAUUGGCGAUCUUGAGACAGAGUAUCCUAGAAAGUUUGGCCUGUGGCAGACAUGUAGGGCGGACGAGGUCGUUGAAGAUUGUAAAGGAAGACUGGACGAUUUUAUGUCGAUAAAUGGAUUUGUUUUCAAAGUGACCACAGUGCUAGUUGCGGUGGCAGUGGCUUUGGCUCUGUUUACUAUUUGUUCGCUGCUGUUGUUUUUCUUUUGUCAAUCGACGACCGUGUUCCACAUAUGCGGCUGGUUACAACUUUUAUCAGCACUAUGUAUGGUGGGUGGUGUAGCUGUGUAUCCCGCGGGAUGGAACGAGUCUAUAGUCCAGGAGACCUGCGGGCCCACUGCGGACCAGUAUAAUAUAGGUCGCUGCCACAUCCGCUGGGCCUACCUCCUGGCCAUCAUAGGAUGUCUAGAUGGCAUCGUGUUAGCAGCAUUAGCUUUCAUCCUCGCCACCAAGCAUGUUCGACUGCAGCCGGACACUAGCUACCCCUCGCCCGCGUCGCUGUAUAAAGGUGAAGUGAACAACGCAUACGUGACUGAUGCGACAUCUGUUGCCGGAUCGAGGAAAUCACUAGCGCUCCAACCAGUUCUAAUAAUGCAUCCCCACGCACCGCUAGAUGUCGACACAUAUUCACAUUAUUCGGGAAGAACUGCGCGCUCCAAACACGGAAUUUACGCUAAUUCUAUGCAUAAUUAUUAAGAUUUAUUUAAUGAGUUUAUUAUGAUUUAAUUGUGAUGUAAUACCGUUUGUGAAUAAAUUAUCUGUAGGUCAUUUAUAAAAGUGUAUACGUGCCGAAAACAUCCCAUAGAUGGCGUUAAUUUCAAAAUUACAUAAGAAGAAAUCUUACAUUAUUUAUUAAAACGAAAAGCAGUCUUAAAUUUUUGAUUUAAAAUUGCAAGACUGAAACGAUUUGUGAAUCAUCUUUACUCCACAUUCCACUUGUAUUCUUAGAUUAAUAAUUAUAAAACAGCAGAGUACCUUAGAAUUUAUUUUUAUAACUGAUAGCAUGGACCCAAUAAAUAUAUAUUCGUCCAUGCUCAUAGUAAUUAUUAAUGUGAAACCUUUUAAGUUUUAAUGUACAUAUUUUGAAUGUUAAAUAGUACGAAAACUGCCUUUAGAAUUAGUUUCAUUUGUAAAAACAAUAUUAAAUAAGUACAAAAUUAUUGUUUCGUUUUAAGGAGAUUUUAGUAUGGAAUGUAUUAAUAAAUUAUAGUUAUUUUUGUACAACGACCAAGAUUGUGCCUUUAACAUUAUCUUAAGUAAAUGUAAUGAAAAAUAAAAUUUAAAUUUAUCAUA